GAAAACGUCGGAGUGACUGGUGAGUGUGUAAGAGUGAGAAAAGUCAGAUAGUCUUAUAAAACUACAUCUUCUAUCACAACGUGUAGAUUGUGUGAAAGUGUUCCGAUUUUUUUUGUUAAUGAGACUAGCUAAGACUAGUUUGCUUUUCCAUGGAGCCUCCAUGGCUUUUCCAAAUGCCGGCAGAACAAUGGUGGGCAAUCAGCACAUGAAAUUUACAUACGGAACAUUGUUUAUUUUGGUCCGGUUGAACUGGUUGAAAUCUACCGAAAUACAGGGCGAAAUACAGCACAAGUAUGCUUAGAUGCAGUAAGGACAUUGUAUGUGGAUGCUAGUAAACAUCACAGGAUACUUGACAUAAAAUGGUGUAUACAAGGCACGGGGAACUAAGAAACCAGUCGAUUUAUUUGGACUACACAGACCACGCUAUAAUAAACAAAACAAACAUGGCGAUGGGCCAAAGUCUAACCCCGUUAGACACGCAAAUGUCGAUUCAAUUUUGACAUUUCAAUUCCGUUGAAAGCUCCACUACUGUCGCUAGAUAGCUGAAAUCGCACGCAUUAUGUACAUAACACAAAGAUGAAAGUACCAAGGAGGUUUGAUUUUUAUUUUAACCCCCUUCCACGUACCGCUGUACCCUUUGAAGCACACAGACAACAUUGCGGCGUUACACGAUCUUUUAUUCUUGACAAUGGACUUAUUACUAGUAUUCUGAUCUAUUGGUGAUUGAACUGUUACCAUGAUCAAAGAGAAUUACAGGCGGUGUAAUCACCAAAAACGCCGACCUUUUCAGAGAACCUUUUCGAAGUCGGCUAUAAAUUGGUGUACCAGAGAUACAACUAUCAGAACGAUAUCACCUUUACCAUGACGGAGCAUAUGACAGUACGAAACUUUCGAAAAUGGACGUCUCUCGAGGCAAGGGCGACAGCUUUUGUAGAAGGGAGGAACGAUGUGGUGAUUCUUGCCUGUGUCAAGGACAAGAACACGCAUCAACCCCGGUUCAUUCACUGGGGAACGCCAUGCCUGAGGGAAGCCGUGUUGGAUCACCUCCCAGCCAUCAUCGACGGCUUCCACGCCAAGAGAAUGACAGAGGAGCGGGGUAACCUGGAGGGAGCGAGAGUUGUAGGAGAGGAGGAUGAGACAGCCACUCCUGACCUGCCGGACCUCUGGAAGGAGCCAUGCGGACUGGCGGUCAUGAACAUCGAGGGUUUGCGAACCCUCGUUCGGACCGCCAUCCGCAUGACAACCAAGCGGGAACCGCGGUGGGGGAAGGACGAGGCCCGGUGGGAGUUCUGGGACGAUGACGUCCCCUACACACUCAGCGUCGAUCCACGGACCGCGGAGCAGAAGAGGAGGCAAAGCUGGGCAUCGUUUCUGCGAGAGACGAUCCAUCGGUGCUACCAGCACUAUGGACUCGAGCAUCGCCUUGCCGACGACCAGCCCAGCGACACCGCGGCCGCCGACCAGCCCAGCGACACCGCGGCCUCCGACCAGCCCAGCGACACCGCGGCCUCCGACCAGCCCAGCGACACCGCGGCCUCCGACAAGCCCAGUGACACCGCGGCCGCCGAUCAGCCCAGCGACACCACGGCCGCCGCAGCAGUGAGUCCGUCCCGCCAGUGAAGAGAAAGAUUAUGCGGUUACUUAGAGGCAGCAAGCGGCGCCAACCAGGUAACCCCAACGGGCCCACUGACCAGGCUAGCAACAGGCCCACCGACCAGGCUAGCAACGGGCCCGCCGAACAGGCUAGCAACGUGCGACAGCCUAGGGGUAGGGGUAGGAAGCGACGCACAACAGAGACAGCUCCGCCCGAAGAGACUCGCCGACCAGAGCGACCACCAAGGACAAGGAGUCAGCCGUCGAGGUUUGACCUAUAUAUAGUUAACUAGAGGCCGGAGAUGUCAUGCCUUUGUCGGAGGGACUAGAUAAACGAACUUGUGUAUUCUUUACUUUUCUUAACAAGAAGAAGUCGUAGACAUCAUCACUCCAUGGUUUUGUUAUCUUCUGGUGUAUUUUUGUCUACUUAUGUUAUAAGGAUAUUUUGAGUUCAAUUUAGUCUAAGGUACAAAAGAAUCUCUGUACUCCUUUUUAUUCUACGGCCAGGAAAACUGUUAUAAGAAAUUAUUUGUAAUUGUUCAUAAUUUGAUAAUCUCGAUACAUGUAUAAGGAUAUAAAUAAUUCUGUUCCAUUUCUUAAUUACAUGUACACGUAUUUAGUUAAUCGUUUAGUAUAUUCAAGCUUAUAAUUUGGAACACAUUUUUCGUUACUAGUACUUUGUUCAGGACAUUUGAUUUUGUAAGCAUUAUUGCGUGACAGUAAUCCCUGUCGUGAUAGUAAAAAUUAAAUCUCCUCGGGUAUAGUAUGUGUGCGUGUUGAGUUUAGAGUACCUGUAAGCAACAUGAGCGCUGCAAUGAGUUUCUGUAUGACCCGUCAUAGCGUGUGGGUCAGCACAUAAUAACGGUCGAAUAAAACAAACGAUAAAGACUAAAAAACUGGAAUAUGUCCUUAUACACAUGUAGCAGCAACAUAACUCUUAAAAAGAAACAAAGUUUCAAUCGCUAAUCAAAGGACGAAACUUACCAUUGAAAAAUACCAUUCGCCGUAACGUGAGUUUCUGUAUGACCCGUCAUAGCGUGUGGGUCAGCACAUGAUAACGGUAGAAUAAAACAAACGAUAAAGUCUCUGAAAACUGUCCUUAUAUGUCCUAAAAAUAAAAUGUCAUUAUAGCAGCAAAAUAGUAAAAAGA